AUGGCGAAGGACCAAGGCAUCGGCGGCCGGUCGACGUCAGUCAACGGAUGCGCAACGCACGCUAACCCUCCGCCGAUCGCGCAGACGGCGAAAUCCGGCUCGUCUGCAGCUAUGGACAGCACGGAGGCGGUUGAGGCGAGGUCGUCACUGUCCACCAAGUCCGUCCAUGCAGGGGAACGACCAGGACGUCCGCUGGUGGUGGACUCGCUGACGACGCCCAUCGUGCAGACGUCCACCUACUUCUUUAAGGACACUGCCGACCUCAUCGAGUUCGUCGAAGGGAGGAAGACGAGCUUUGAGUAUGGCCGGUACGGCAACCCGACAACCGACACCGUGGAGCGCAAGAUCAGCGAGCUGGAGCAGGCGGAGGCGACGCUGCUGUCGUCGUCGGGCAUGUGCGCGGCGACGACGAUGCUUCUGGCGCUCGUGCCGGCGGGCGGGCACAUCGUCACCACCACCGACUGCUACCGCCGCACGCGCCAGUUCAUCCAAACCAUGCUGCCCAAAAUGGGCAUCACCACGACGGUGAUCGACCCGGCUGACAUGGGCGCGCUGGAGAAGGCUCUCGACGAGAAUGAGGUGUCGCUGUUCUUCUCGGAGUCCCCCACGAACCCGUACCUUCGGUGCAUCGACGUGCCACUGGUGAGCGGGCUGUGCCACGCGAGGGGCGCGCUGGUGUGCAUAGACGGCACCUUCGCCACGCCCAUCAACCAGCACGUGCUGCCUCUGGGAGCCGACCUCGUGCUGCACUCGGGCACCAAGUAUCUCGCUGGCCACAAUGACGUGUUGGCGGGGACCAUAAGUGGCAAGGCGGAGCUGGUGCAGAAGGUCCGCGCGUUGCACAACGUGCUGGGGGGAGUCGUUGACCCGCACGCCUCCUACCUGAUACUGCGCGGGCUCAAGACGUUGGCUCUCAGGGUGCGGCGGCAGAACGAGACCGCCAUGGAGCUCGCCCUUGCGCUCUCCACCCACCCCAAGGUCGUGCGAGUGCACUACCCCGGCCUGCCCUCUCACCCCGAGCACCAAAUUGCGCUGGAGCAGAUGCACGGCGGCUAUGGGGGUGUAGUCAGCUUCGAGGUGGACGGGGAUCUGGAGCACACGUCACGCUUCAUCGAUGCACUCGACAUUCCCUACAUCGCCCCCUCGCUGGGGGGCGUGGAGUCACUUGUUGAGCAGCCCACCAUCAUCUCCUAUUGGGACUACGGGCCAGAGGAGAGGGCUCGGCUGGGCAUCAAGGAUAACCUGGUCAGGUUCAGUGCAGGGAUUGAGGACAGCUCGGCAUCUGCGGCGGUUUCUGCGGCUCCCGUGAGCAGCAGAAGCGCUCGCCUUGCCGGCUCGCUCUCCGCUUCCGCCGCCACCGCUGCCGCUGCGUGCUCCGGCAAGGAAAUCUUUUCCACUCCUGUAGCGCACUCCCGCGGGAAUCACGGCGCAAGUCGCGCUGUAUCUCGCGGCGCUGUUCGGGUGGACGCCAGCGUGGCGCGGCGCAAGGUGCUGAUCGUCAACACUAACGGCGGAGGCCACGCGGUGAUUGGCUUCGCGGUGGCCCGUCAGUUAGCGACUGCCGGCCACUCGGUGACGAUCAUGACCGUUGGCGAUCGGAACUCCGACAAGAUGAAGAAGCUGCCCUUCUCGCGCUUCUCGGAGCUCCGCGCGGAGGGCGUGCGCACGGAGUGGGGCGACCCCGCGCGGCUAUCCGCCGUGUUCGGCGCGACCGGGGGCUUCGACGUGGUGCUGGACAACAACGGCAAGGACCUCGAUUCCGUCAAGCCCGUGGCGGACUGGGCAAGCGCGGCGGGCGUGCGGCAGUUCCUGUUCAUCAGCAGCGCGGGCAUCUACACGCCCUCCUCAGAGCCCCCUCACGUCGAAGGGGACGCGGUGAAGGAGAGCUCGGGGCAUGCACAGGUGGAGAAGUACCUGGCGGGCAAGGCGUGGGGCGACGGGUGGGCUGCGUUCCGCCCGCAGUACAUCACGGGGUCCGGCAACAACAAGGACUGCGAGGAGUGGUUCUUCGACCGCAUCGUGAGGGGGCGGCCAGUGCCCAUCCCAUCGCCGGGCAUCCAGCUGACGGUGGUGGCACAUGUGGACGACAUAGCGCGCAUGAUUGCCCUCGCCAUUGACUACCCGCAGGACGCCAAGGGUCAGAUCUUCAACGCUGUGGGCGGCAGGGCGGUGACCUUUGACGGGCUGGCUCGCAUGUGCGCCAAUGCUGCUGGCCGCGCCUCAUCGCUCAAGAUCGUGCAUUAUGAUCCCAAGGCCGCUGGGGUAGAUGCCAAGAAGGCGUUUCCCUUCAGGAACAUGCACUUCUAUUCGGAGCCCCGCAAUGCGCGGGAGAGGCUGGGCUUUAAGAGCUUCACGGACCUGCAGACUGUUCUGAACCAGCGGUACAUUGACUACGUGGCGGCUGGGAGGGACAAGAAGGACGCUAAGUUUGAGGUGGACGAUAAGAUCCUAGCUUCCAAGUAG